AUGGUCACCCUCACCAGGCUCGCUGCUCUCGCUGGCCUGCUCGCCAGCCAAACCUUCGCUGCUCCUGCCGCGACCCCUGACAUCCAACUUGAUGGCUCCCUGAUCUCACCGAACGGUACCGUCCUCGACUGUCGCGCCGUCGAGGGCGUUCACCUCGUGAACUGCGACCGCAAUGACAACAUCAGUGGGUCUCUCUGGUAA